AUGUCACCAUCCAAGACACGCGCCGAACGAGUUGAAACAGACGUCUUGCUGGCCAUCAAGCCCGAACACCUGGCAAACAUCAUCAGCCGACAGAAGAACCAUGAGUAUCGCAAGUAUCGUCUUAAAGAUGGUGUCUCGCGCCUCUGGCUUUACGAGACUGGCAGUGGAGGCGGUCGCUCAUCAAUCACACACAUCGCAGUGAUCCCACCAAACACUCGCCGUGAACCAGGUUCUGUGCCGACCGAGCCUUUUGGUAUUGGCAAUGAAGACUUCAACGCUGGACGCAAGGAGUCCAAGUACGGAUAUCCGAUCCUGGAGCUCUACGAACUUGUGAACCCAGUUACUCUCAACGAAAUGAAGACGCGAUGGGGCAUGGGUGGUGCGCCUAUGGGAUGGCAGUAUGUGGCAUCAAAUCUCUGGGAGGACAGAUGGGGUGAGGAUGAGGAGAGAGGUGAGAAGGUGAAGAAAUUGUUUUAA